UCAUGCUGCAGGCUGGACUCAUGUUCCUACCAUCACUGCAUUGGUUGACGUAAAAUGGCACGUCCCCCUCUGAAAUGCAACAUUAAAAAAAAAUCAAAAAUGGACCCGAUAACUUUAACAGCGGGGUAGGAAGAGAGAGAAAAAAGCGUGUGGCUGCGGUCGAUAUUAAAAACAUGCAGAGGGAGACAAGCUCGGGGCCUUCCAGAGUCAGGAAAAAGACUUCGGAGAGCUGCAGACAGAGGAUGGCUGAUGAAGAGACUAGCAGCUCGCCGCUAUGCUGGCUUGCUAAUUCUCUCCCCCACAGCUGCAGCCGAUCCUGAUAACCAGCCUGCUGAUUGCAACCAGCCUGAGGCUCUAGAGAACGGUUCCCUGGAGGAGAUGGAAGAGGACAUCAGUCUGAAAAAGCGUAAAAGUGAUCAGCCUGGGGAGAAAGAGCUGCAGGGCACACAGGAGACGGGUGAAAAGGUCAAAAGGAAGCGAGGACGCCCGCCUGCUGAGAAGUUGCCUCCGAAUCCACCUGAACUCACCAGGACGCUGAGCACGCUGGUAGAUAUGGUCAUCAACUACAAGGAUGGGUUGGGUCGUCAGAUCAGUAAAGGCUUUGUGCAGCUUCCCUCUAAGAAGGAGGUACCUGAGUACUACGAGCUGAUCCGGAAACCUGUGGACUUCAGGAGGAUCAGGGAACGUGUCCGCAAUCACAAGUACAGAAGUGUUGGGGAUCUGGAGAAGGAUAUUUUCCUCCUGUGUCACAACGCUCAGACCUACAACCUGGAGGGAUCCCAGAUCUAUGAGGAUUCAAUUGUCAUUAAGUCUGUUUUUGAGAGCGCCAGACGGAGAAUCGUCACAGACGAGGAGCAGAAAGAAACCGUCAGCGCCGGGAACAGCGAUAAUGGCGGCAGAGCUGAAGACCAAUUUGUUUCAUCAGCAGUGAAACCAUCACCGGUCCAGCCAAAGAAGGACGAAAAGGAGGAAAGUAGCAAAAACACCAGUGAGAAGAGUCUCCACAGUAAUUUAGACAGCGACGAGGAUCUAGAGGAUAAAACCACCAAAGAUGAAGGCUGAACUCAUAAACCUUCCCAUGUUUUUUUUUGUUUUGUACUCUGGUUCGUAUAUGUUCUCCUCCGCUUCCAUUUCAACUGAUUUGCCAUUUUCUAAAACAAAAAUACAAAAAUACACUCUGAGAAAGGUCCUAAUGGAUCCGUUUUUAUACAUGACUCAUGUCUUGCUGCACAUCGUGGUCUUUUACAAUCAUUUCUGUUUUUCUCUGCCUUAGUCUCUGUGAUAGCUUCUGCAAAUAUUCUAUAAAUCCCCGAUUUCACUGACUGUUUUUAACCCAUACAUUUGAUUGUAUGAAUUGCCUUCAUACCGUCUGUGUUGGAGCAUGAAUAUUUCUCUUGAAGCUGAUGUUGAUAAGUUGGAGCUGGAGGUUUGAAGCACAUGAGAAAGUCUUUUUGAAGAAAAUAUUAAGAAAUGAAGACUAAAAAAAAUCUCUAGUUUCAUUUUAGAGAUGAUACUUUCUCGAUAAAUGUGGAAGUACGGCGUGAAAGACAAAUUUUAUUACACAUGUAGUACAUUUGUCUGUUUUUGAUACUCGAUGGAAAAGUUUGGGUUGAAUCAAGGGUACUCUAGUUCAACAUUUUUAUCCCUUGUGCUACAGUAUAUUCACAUAUUGUACAGUUUGUGUGAAAAGUAAGUAAAAAAAUAACCUUUUCAUUUACUCUCCUGGUUGUUUGGGAGGUUGGAAGACGUCGUUGUUGAGACAAUCC